GGGGGGGGUUAAUCCGAGGCUCUGUUUCUCUUGCAGGGCGGGGGCAGACCUGGAUGCUCCCUUUCGCGGGUGGAAAAGAUGUCGGCUUCUUUGGACCUGAAGUCGAAGGAGGAGAAGGAUGCGGAGCUGGACAAGCGCAUCGAGGCGCUGCGGCGCAAGAACCAGGCGCUGAUCAAGCGCUAUCAGGAGAUUGAAGAAGACCGGAAGAAAGCAGAGCAGGAAGGCAUUGCUGUGACCGGAGGGCGACGACCUCGGGCUGCCGAAGGGGAUGCCAUUGUGCCAGAGAGGAGGCGAGGGGAGCUGGACUCCCCAACUCUGACGGUCCAGGUCUUGCUAUCACAGGAGGAAAAGCGUGUGGUCAGCAACGAGAGGAAGCACCCUGCCUCCGCCAAGCCUCCCCGCAGCAGCCCCCAUGGCCAGGGUUCCCUCCGUGGGGUGCUCUAUUCGGGCAACCGCUCCCCGCGAGGGGAAUAUCCCCCCGAACAACCGGAAUGGGAAGAGGGGGGCACAGCUGGACCGGGGGCCGGCAAACGAGGUCGAGGAGGAGGCGGGGGACGCGGACGGAGGCCCCGGGGGGGACAUGGAGGCCCCGCAGGAGACGCCGGGCCCGACAGAAGAUCCAAGGAGUGGGAGGAGCGCCGGAGGCAGAACAUUGAGAAGAUGAAUGAAGAGAUGGAGAAGAUCGCAGAGUAUGAGCGUAGCCAGCGCGUUGGGAGAUUGGGGCCCGCAGGUCGCGGCGGUUCCCGACGCAGAGGAGGGCCACCACCUGCAGCAUCUAUGGAUAUGACGCUCUCCAUGACGGGCCGUGAGCGUGCAGAAUAUAUCCGCUGGAAGCAAGAGCGAGAACAGAUUGACCAGGAGCGCUUGGCACGGCAUCGCCAACCUACGGGCGAGUGGCGCCGAGAAUGGGAUGCAGAGAAGAUAGAUGCAGUGUUUAAAGAAGGCAGCAAGCCUGGAAGCUCUGGAGGCUCUGGAGGUUCUGGAGGCUCUGGAGGUGGUAAGCAUGGUGAGUCCAAGAGACCCCCAAAACUGCCUACAUUUGGGGAGUUCCUGUCUGAGCAGCAACCAGAUCGGCGCAGGAGAGGCAGAGGAAGGGGCCGUGGGCGCCCACGGGGCAGUGGUCCCUCCAAACCCUACAGCAUGCAUGACAAUCGCUGGGAGAAGGAAGAGCCAGACCAAGCCACGCCACCAGAGCAGGUGGAGGAAAAGUCAGCCGUUGACACUGUGCAGAAGGUGGAGAAACCUUCCUCUCCCCAGGUAGUUCUGGAAGAGGAAAUGGUGGAAGGGGAAGAGGAAGAUCAGUGGGAAGAUGUCAGUGGUGGGGAGGAAGAGGAGGAGGAAGAGGAUGGUGAAGCCGGGAGCAACAACAGCCAAGGCUUGGAUGCUGAAGAGGUGGAGAAAGAGUAUCAGGAGCCAUCAUCACUGCCUCCUUCCACCAGCUCUUCCCAACCUCCUGGGAAGAAUGGGCAACUGUCCCUAGCCAUGCCUCCGCCUCUGGAAGAGGAGGAGACUCCAAACACAGAAGGAAAGCCCUUGACUCCAUUUUCACCGGCAGAGGGGUAUCACCCUGUGUCUGACUGGGGCGAAGAGAUGGAGCUGAGCUCACCCCGAGCGAACCUCACCAAGAGUCCUCUGGCUCCAUCCGGAGAGGAUCCUUCCGCCAGUGCUGGGCCAGCUUCCACUGACUCUCCAUCUGGAUCAGGAUCCCAACAGUCCACUGCAGGGGUGUUGGAAAAAGAGGCACCUCCUGCACCCGGAGCCCCAGCAGCGGAGAUGAGCAAGGAGCCAGAAGUAGACAAUCUGAACAAACACUCCAUGCAGAAGGAACCAGACAAUCAAGAUGACAAUGGAGCUGCGACAGGGACCUUGGCUACUGUGCCCGUUGAGGGAGAGAUUGCUGACAUCCAGAAGGAGCAGCAGGAGGCCUGAAGCGCUGGAGGGCAUCUCCUCUCCGCUUCCCUUGCCCAGGGUGGUCAAGAAGAAGACUGGCUUCUGGACACAUCGGUGACCCUGCCCUGCUGCGUCCUGCCUGCUUGUGUUGCUCUUGGGCUCCCAUAUUUAGAGGAAGGCAACCCUCUCCCAGCACGCCGUAGCCUGCAGAGCCAUCUUUUAGUGCAGUGAACACUAAAUUCAUGUGCGGAUGGGGACUGUGGGCCCUGCAUGUGAUGCUUUUCUGACUGUUCAUGUUGGGGGGGGGGGUGCACUUGUGCAUGUGAGAAGGGAAAUAUUUUUGUUCAUUUAUCCACCCUUCUUCAGUAUUUCUUAGAAAAAAGGGGGUCCUGUGAAAAUAACCACAAAGCCCCCCUUUAACACUUUGAGGAGAAAGAAAAGCCUAGCGUUGUAUCUGCCUUCAUUCCUCUGUCCCACAUGCUGCUGCUUUCCCCCCCUUUCCCUGAGGUUGGGUAGGAUUUGGCUGCUUCAUAUCAUGUACAAAGGAAAAAGGGAUUGUAAAAAUAAAGUCAUUUUCAUGGCCA